AUGAACCAAUCGCAGCCGAAAACCUUCUACCAGCCAAUGGUUUCGACGAAUAUUCACAAUACGAUGCAACUGAAUGAUUCUAUGACGUCAUUCACAGGAACAUCAACAAGUCCAACUGUGAAUAUGUAUAAAUCAAUGGCAAUGCAACAAUUCUUGACUGCACAAAAUUCACGUCUUUACUGUCAGCAGCCAUUAAAUUAUCUACAGGGUCCAGUUUAUCUGUAUUCGCAGAUCAACGACGACGAGUCAACAUGGCAUUCAGAUCCACAGCCUUAUUUCCAACCUCCACCAAAUCAGACAUCGCUCAUUGAUCAUAGCGUUCAAUUGAUCAAACAUGAGGAUGAAGAUCGGUCAUCCAUACCGCAAGUCCACUCAUCAACGCCGCAAGUCCACUUAUCAACGCCGCAAGCCCACUUAUCAACGCCGCAAGUCCACUUAUCAACGUCGCAAGUCCACUCAUCAACGCCCCAGCCGAUAUUACCUGCUCCCGCACCCUCUUCUACUUCGCAGCAGGCAUUGAAACACUUUGCUCCCCGCAGGAAUCCAAACACUGUGCAUUUCAAACACCGCUGCACUUGGUCAGGCUGCAUAUGGUCUUUUAAGCGGCUCGAGCAUCUAAAGAGACAUAUGAUAACUCAUACCGGAGAAAGGAAAUACCAGUGUGACUUUCCAGGAUGUGGGAAGCGUUUUGGCAGAUCUGAUAAUUAUGCCGCUCAUCGUAAAAUACAUACACGAGAUACAUCUGAAAUUGUGUUGGUGGAUAGAACGAGUGUGAGACAGAGUGGAGAUUUAGAGGCCGAGGAAUAA